AUGGCGCCUGUACAGACACCCUGGACCUCGAUUCUGCUGCAGGAGAAGCCUGGACUGCACGAAUACAACCAUGCUCUGUCAAAUGUCGAAAAGUACUACACUCGCUUGCAUCGAGCUAUGCAAGACGAAUCCAUCCACGACCAACUAGUUAUCAACCCAGACCAGACACACUCGCGACUACUGAGAUCCUUCGAAAUAUUGCGAGGCAAACAGCUGCCAGGCCCUGUUGCUGAGGAGAUCUUCAAAGCCAUGGUCCUCCCAUUCGUUCAUGACAACAUCUUCUCACCAUCACAAAUGAUCGAACUCGUUGGAUCCGCUCUACCUCUCGUUACAAAGCAAAAUUCUCAAUUUAUGCGAGACCUCGCCAAUACUCUCCUCUCAGCACAAGGAUUGUUUGAUCACCUGGUGGCCAACGAAAAAUACACUGUGGUUAUCAAGGAAUGGCUGUUGCCGAAAAGAAACCAUCUUCCCCUUGCUCUCUCCAGACAGAUUGGAGACAGGCUUAUUGCCAUGUGUAAUGCCUGUUCCGCGGAUCAUGAAAUGGAGACUAUCGUUGAGGAUUGGGGAAUUGCUCAAAUACUGAUGGAAUCCAUCAACUCGCUCAUUGAAACAUCUUACGAAGAAGAAUUGAAGCGGACCAAAGUGGAAAACUUACCUCCUCUAGAGUCAAUGAAAGUAUUCAAUCGGGACGACAAAAAGUUGACAUCAGCUCAGCAAGCCCCCAAAAGGGAAUUCAAGGUCCCAGAUGAGACCCUUAUGCAAAUGAAGCACUUCAACCUCCCACCACCAUUGUCCGCUCGAGGCCUCACCCAUGCAGCAGAGAAUCUUCAAAAUGAGAUAAUCCCGUCACUCAUGCGCUCUGCCCUGGAAAGCUUCCCAUGCAGAAUCUGCUUGGAUAGGCUCACAACUGGGAGUCUUACAGGCACUCUGGCCAGCUCGACAGACCUGCCUUCGGAUCGUACUACAGCACCGGGAAAUGCCCAAGACAUUUUCGGAACAAGAGUUGGCCUUUGGAAAGUUCUGCUGUCUGAUGUCGCUUUCAAGAAUGCCAAAAAAUUGGUCCGUGGAGGUGACUUUGGCGGCGUGGAACAGAAGCUCAGAGAUUUAGCAAGCGGCGAAUGGAAAGGCAAAGAUCUCUCUCGCCGGGUGGGAUCUAAACAGCAGAAGAAAAGAAUGCAAGUGCCAGUUUUGGAAGUGAACACUUCUGCAACUGUGUCGAUCCUGUGGCAGGUCGAUGUCGGAUUCUACGAUGAGCUUCCGUGGGUACAGCAGCAAAUUGUCAAAGUUUGGCAAAUCGUGACUUCGGUGGAGGAGCUGGAAACUGCCAUCGAGCAAAUACUUAUUAUCCAAGAAUCCUACAGCCCGGAGCUUACUCAGCUCUGUUUGGAACGUCCUGUUCAACAAUCCGAUGGAACUUGGACGCCACAGAGGUUCGGAAACGUGAAAGAGACUGGGUCUUAUCAGAUGAAAUCCAUUGCUUCCUCCAAGAUAACCCCAGCUCUGAUUGAGAUGUCAAACAAAUUUUACAAUCUCACUGAGCCGUUCUUGAAGUCGAUCGUUGAUGAAAAGGACACGGAGGAGUUUCCAUUCGAUCUCUCGCCCGAGGAAUUAGAAAUUGUGAAGCACUUCAGCACGUCAAGCUUGAUCCUAGGACGAAGUGGCACAGGAAAGACAACCUGUCUGUUGUUUAAGAUGCUUGCCAAGCACAAAGCAAGUCAAUCAGGCUCGGAUGAGCAGCAAGCUCGACAGCUUCUCUUGACUCGCUCCUCCUAUCUGGCUUCAAAGCUUCAAACAUAUGCCAAAAGUCUGAUAGAUGCUCAGUCCAAGACUCUUUCGACCGGAGAAGAUGUAGACUCAGAUUUGAAACCGACUUCCUUCUUUGCCCUGAAGAAUUGGCAUUUUCCGGUUGUCUGCACUUAUGACGAAUUUCUUGGGCUUCUGGAAAAUACCAUAAGAAUGGCUGAUCGUAAAGACUUCCUAAGAGACAUCAAUCCCAACAAGUCAAAGGGUCUAGACCCACAGGUGGGAGACAAGCCACAAGUGAUUGACUUCAGCAUUUUCAAAACAGAAUAUUGGGGGGCUCUAAGUGGAUUAGUUCCGCCAUCUUGUUCUCCGGAGCUCCUAUUCGCAGAGAUUAUGGGCGUCAUUAAAGGUUCUAGCAUCACGGCAAAAAGCCUGAAGCCUUUAUACCGUGCAGAAUACGUCAAGAAGAACGCGAAGGCUUCUCCCGCCUUUAGCUCUGAGGCAGAGCGGGAGAAGGUCUUUGGAGCAUUUGAGCGCUAUGAAAAACAAAAGAAGCCUCGCAAGGAGAUUGACGAGUUGGACCGCGUCAGUGCCUUGCUGAAGUCCCUGAGAGAUAACAAAGUUCUAGCAGAGCAGAUACAGCGCUGCUUUGAAGAGAUCUACGUUGAUGAGAUUCAAGACUUGCGUUGUCUCGACAUCGUACUACUUCUAGGCUGCCUCAGUGACGCCCGUGGGAUUCACCUUGCUGGCGAUACUGCCCAGUGCAUAUCAAAAGAUUCGGUUUUCCGAUUUCCUGAGAUCAAGGCUUUGUUCUACGAACAUUACGAAGUCAUUGCCAAUGAACUACAUCAGCCGUCAUAUGCCAAACCUGUCCAAUUCUCUCUGGCUAAAAACUAUCGCUCGCACCAGGGAAUCUUAAGCUUUGCAUCAUGGGUUAUGCAGCUACUCUGGCAAGGAUUCCCGGAAACAAUUGACAAAUUGGACCCCGAGAUUGGACAGAUUGGAGGACCGAGGCCAGUUAUCUUUGCGGGAUUUGACUCCUCGAUUCUUUCUGCCAAAAUGAUAGGCUUGGUCAAGCUCAACGACAAGGUUGCCGAUUUUGGUGCUGAGCAAGUCAUCCUUGUCCGAGACGAUGCAUCAAAGGACAAGCUACAAACACAAAUUGGCGAAAUUGCCCUUGUUUUGACAAUCCUUGAAAGCAAAGGUAUGGAAUUUGAUGAUGUCUUGGUGUAUGACUUCUUCGGCGGCAGUGGGCUUGGCAGUAGCUACCGGUGCCUGUACAUGCUUGUUCAAGCAGCAAGAGCGCAAUUUGAUUCUCAGAAACAUGCAGCCUUAUGCUCCGAACUCAAGUCACUUUACGUUGCUGUUACUCGAGCUAGAAAGCAACUUUGGUUUAUGGAAACGCAAGAGAACAGCGUUGAUCCCAUUAUUCAAACCCUGUUAUUGAGCAACAGCCUCGAGCUCGCUGAAGUUGUGAAGCAGAAAGACCCUAACGCAAAAAAGGUCAUGGUUCUACGGGCUGGUGGCUCGGUGGACCCAGAAAGGUGGCUCAAGAGGGCAGCACAUCUUCUCCAUCGGAAGAGCUUUGCAGAGGCAUUAUUCUGCUACAAGAAGGCCAAUGAUCCUCGAGGAAUGACACACUCGCAGGCGUGUCUGCAUGAGCAAGAAGGAAGAUCCCAUCGAGCAGCUGGAAAUACUGAGGAAUUCGCCGCAUGCUAUGAAAAAGCCAUCGUUCUUUUCCUUCAGAUUGGUCUCAUUAAUGAAGUGGCGAUGUGCUACGAAGGUCUUGGGCAGUUUAGCAAAGUUGCAGAAAUUUGGAAGGAUCGGGAACAAUAUCAAAAAGCUGCGUAUUUCUAUGAGAAAGGCAAGCUCUUUACCGACGCUUCGAAGUGCUACCAUUCUUGUGGUCAGUACGAGGCGGCAAUCGAGGUAUUGCGCCGCGGAGACCAGUUUGAUGAGCUCGUCACCUAUGCAAACAGGAAUCGCGAGUACCUGAGCCCGCCAACCUUACUUCGUUACUCAAGACUCUGCAAUAUUCUGCUAAAGCAGGGACGUGUCUCUGCUAGUCUGAGGGCGAUAACUAUCAACAUGCUUGGAUCAGAUGCGUGUAAGAUUUCUUUUUUCCAAGAGUUUGAAAUGUGGGAUCAGCUGCGCGCGCUAUACUCGUCAAAGGGUAGAUGGUUUGAGUAUUACGAUCUAUCGGUGACUGUUGGUGACAUACCUGCGGCAAUAAGCACAUUGCUGGUCUACAAAUUGAUACCCGUGGUCGACAAGCCAGUUGUUGAAAAGCUGUUCAACUACUCCAUGAUCGAAGUCUUGUAUGCCCACAGAGACAUAAUUCCGGGUAACCCUGAGCGAGAUGGGCUGCUGAAAUCAGUUAAAUCAACUUUCCUCGAAAAGCUUGGGGCUCAGUGGAGAACACUCUUGCUGUUGAUCGAUGAUUUGGAGGACGUGGAUUCACCCGCUUCAGUUAAAAACCUGGAUAAAGGUCUUCUGAAGGAUGUCUUGUGUCUUUUUGUGAUCGUAUUUGAGCCGGGAGUGUUCACCAAGCGGAAAAUCGAACAUCUUCCCAUGGAUAUUGUUAUCCGAGUUGGAAAGCUACUGCAUGACUCUUAUGCUCGGAACAAUUACUCUCUUAUUUGCCUGGCAAUGACUUGUGGCAUUUUUACCAAUCCAAAACAAGAGAACAAGGCGAUCUUGCUUCCGUGGUCUCCGCUGAGGACCAACACAGCAAAGGCUCCCGAUGAAUCCUCAUUCGAAAACUUGCUUGACAUGGCAAAAGAUCUCAUUCAAGAGAAGUUUUCCGCAGCACUCACUCAGUUCCAUGAAAGUGCAUACAGUCUUAUGAAGACGGAAUUCCCGCCGACAUGUUUCCAACAGCUUUACAAAGGCAAGCAAUCACCGUUGAUGCUCUUGCUUAAAGCCAAUGAAUGCACCUGGGGCCAUGAGAAGCCUACUGCUGAAUUAGCUAUUGCGAAGUUGAAUUGCCUUCUCACCGUGGCUGAGGUUUUUGCGCGGCUCACACCUAUUUAUUAUCAAAGAGUCAUGGGCGAGGCUUUCAGUAAACCUUUUCUGGGUCGUAGGAGAACUUGGAUACAACACAUCCAGGAGGAGCUGGUGAUUGUCAGUUCACUAGAGCAGUCCUCUACUGCAAUUGCAAAUUUACGCUCCAACUUGCAAAGCAAUUCAGAGUUUGCUGCAACUGCAUACUGCCUCGAAGACUUGCUGUUUUAUCGUAUGAACAAGGAAUGGGGUUCGAUGAGCAGCCUUAGCUCUGCUCUAGAGAAGGUGCAAGAAGCCCAAGUUCUCGGCCCUCACCCAGCCACGCGUUUCCAGCGAGCACUUAUUCUGAAUAUGGAUCGCAGCAUGCCACCACGCCCGAGGAGAACCGGCCAUCCGCUUGCGCUGCCUUUGACAACUUUGAAUGCUGCUGAGAGGAUUCGGUCGGCGGUCGGAAGACGCCACGGUCAAGACUUUCACAAUGGCGUCAAUGCCUUUCUCGUCUGUCUUGAUAAAGCACCUAAGUCCUCUCUUGGGUCGUUCCAUGCUGUUCUGUCUGUGCUCGAGUUUUCAGCUACAUACGUUCUUUGUAUUGCCAACCCAGGAAAGGGCAUCGUAAUUCCGUGGUCCUGGGCUUUGCAGCAUCUUUCGACAAUUAUGCAAUCACCCGCCAAAGACCAUACGUUCAAGGACAGAGACAUUCGAGUGCACACAACCGACUUAAUCAACAUGAUCACCAGCUUCUGCACCCUCAUGGAAAAUGUCGAAAAUGCCCUUACCAGCGGGGUUCUCAGAUUCCAGGGAAUGGGACGCAGUGGCCUUCCAAUUCCUAUUAUCAAGCGGCGCUGCACUGAGCUUCUGACUACUGUGAAUCUCAACCUGAACCAUUGGCCCAAGCAGCCAAUUGGCUUUAAGGAAAUGGAGAAGGUCGUCAACAAGACUCUCCGAUCCCUUAUUCCACCAGGAAUGGCACUAGAACUUUCCAGCAGUGAUAGGUUCCGGCAAAGUUGCAUCCGUGAAUAUGCAGCCUACAAGCAGAAAGACGAGCUGUGCGUCAUUGCCCUUGAUGACAGAAAGUCGGCCCCUCUGUUUCUGCGGUCUUUCACACAAGCCAAUGCGAAAUUUGCUCAGCUCAGUGAUAUCUUGAAGGUGUCACAGAUUGCCGAGAACCCCCUGUCUAUGGGUCUGGGGGAAGAUUGGCAAGUUGACGAAUACACCGGUUACGAGCUUGAUAUGAUCAUGAAUCUUCAGCGACGCUGGCGACAGGUGAUGGAGGUCCUGGAGAACAACCGCCGCAGGACACAAACCCGCGAGGGCAAACUUAUCCAGCACUUCCAUGAGGUGUGCACGAUACGGAUGAGCACGCAGCCCGGAGCUUCUUGGUCAACCCGAGACAAGAUACACAUGCGCAAAGUGAUCUUUACAGACGGUAUUAAGAUCGCCAUGUCGCUUGAAGGUGUUUUGGCCAGCUUCCGACAACUAAAAGACCGGUGGAGGCAACAAUUCGAUAGUAAGUGGUCCGCCGCGAAGCUAGAGGAACUCUCUGUAAUCCGUGGGCGGAUUCUGCCAAUUGAUGGGCAGCUUGAGUACAUUGUUGAGCACUGGUCUCCUAAGGGCAUUGAGGAUGCUAUGAUGAUUACCCCGGCCGAGGAACUCGGUAUCUCAUCCCGUGAGGCACAACGCGCCCUCUGGGCUGUUCAGCGCGAGAUUGAAAUCAUUCAAUCUCAGGUUGAGAUCAUUGCGAAGAGUGCUGACCGGUAA